AUGGAAGGUCCGAGGAACCGGAAACAGCGACGAGCAGCAGCGGCAGCAGCAACAACUGUCGACAGCGACACGUUCGAUCCCUCCUCAAUUCCCCUCGCGCGCCCUGCACCGAAUCCCCCGAAGAGCAAUGAGAAGACCUUGAUGGACAUUAUAUCCGAACGGCAAAGCGAACUUCUAGGCCAGGCAAACGCUCCGACUGGGACCUCUGACUCGAGUCCCCGGUUUGCGACCCAUCAAUAUGCCGAGUCCAUCGAACUAGACAACCUCGUCCGCGAAUCAGUAUUCGUGGCCUUUCCGAUGCUGACCCUGCUGGUCCAUCUUGCUCACGGACACGUCGUCUCCUUCAUUGGCAGCACCGGCAGGUCGAAGUCCACCGAGACGGUCUCGCUUCUGCCUUGGGACAGCGAGAAACUGACGUUAGAAUUCUUCCGAAAACUGCUCUUUCCUCCGGCAUUACGUACCAUGGCGUUCCUGCCGAUGGCGGUCGCUCUUGGCUGUAAGCUGAUGGUCAUAACCAACGACGAACCAUACUACGCGGUGAUGAGGGGGGCGCCCGCCAUCGGGACAAUAUGGGUCUGGAGCAUUUUGGAGAUACCGUUUGGGGCAGCCGUUAUCGGGGCGUUGGGGCCAUUGGCAUGGGGGGUAUGGUGGAAAGGCUACGGGAUACUCUGA